UCUAUCCAGUAUUUUACAAGCAAAUAUUUUCUAUCAUUGCCUUCCCCUGGUAUCAACUUGAAAAAUAAUGGCACAUCAAUCUCUUCCACUGAAAAUUGAGAAAGAAUAUGUUCAGAAUUCAGAACGAGUAAAAUCUGUUGAUCUACAUCCAGCUGAGCCAUGGAUUCUAGCAAGCUUGCAUUCAGGAACUAUAUGUAUUUGGAACUAUCAGUCACAGACUGUGGAGAAGUCUUCCAAGGUCACUGAAUUACCAGUCAGGUCAGCAAAGUUCAUAGCACACAAAAACUGGAUAGUUGCUGCAGCAGACGACACAUUUAUUCGCGUCUACAAUUAUAACACACUAGAAAAGAUUAAAGAGUUUGAGGCACAUAAAGACUACAUUCGGUGUGUGGCUGUCCAUCCGACCCUUCCAUAUGUGCUGACAGCGUCUGAUGACAUGGUUAUAAAGCUUUGGGAUUGGGAGAAGGAUUGGAUAUGUGCUCAAAGAUUUGAGGGACAUUCACAUUAUGUGAUGCAGGUUGCAUUUAACCCAAAAUAUAGCCUUACUUUUGCAAGUGCAUCACUUGAUGGUACCAUAAAGAUAUGGAACAUUUCCUCCCCUGCUCCAAAUUUUACGUUAGAUGGCCAUUUGAAAGGUGUGAACUGUGUUGAGUACUUCACAGGUGGCGAUGAACCAAAAUUAUUGAGUGGUUCUGAUGAUUUUUCUGCUAAGGUGUGGGACUCUCAAAGCAAAAGUUGUCUGCAAACACUAGAGGGCCACAGCCACAAUGUUACCUCAGUAUGUGCUCAUCCGGAGCUUCCCAUAAUUAUUACAGGUUCUGAGGAUGGGACUAUUCGUAUAUGGCAUGCAACAACCUAUAGGCUUGACAACACAUUAAACUAUGGUCUCGGAAGAGUUUGGGCAGUUGGAUACAAGAAAGGAUCAAACCAGGUUGUUUUUGGUUGUGACAACGGAACAAUUAUGGUCAAUAUGAACAGUACUUGAGGUUUUCUGCAUCUACAAGUUGAG